AUGCCGCAAUUGAGUCGUGAGGAGCUGGAUGAUAUCUAUGCGUUCGCCAUCAAUCUGGGGACAUCUGCGGGCAAGAUUCUGUUGGAUGCCGCCAAAUCAAGAUACGGAGAUGAUAGACCAGAAGAGCGUGCUCACAUUGAGAAAGAGAACGCAGUAGACUUGGUGACGCAGACGGACGAAGAUGUCGAAGCAUACGUCAAGAGCCAGAUUGCUCAAAAAUACCCUUCGCAUAAAUUUGUUGGGGAGGAGACCUAUUCCAAAGGAGCUUCCCGGGACUACCUGAUCAACGAGGAGCCUACGUGGUGCGUUGACCCGCUAGAUGGUACGGUCAACUACAUCCACCUGUUCCCAAUGUUCUGUGUAUCUAUCGGGUUCAUCGCAAACGGCAAAGCCACGAUAGGGGUCAUCUAUGCCCCUUUCCUGGACCAGCUCUUCUCCGCUUGUGUUGGCCGUGGCUCGUGGCUCAACGAGACGCAACCUCUACCGCUUGUUCGCAAUCCUGUUCCACCUUUACCAGUCACAGCUCCCAGCGGGUGCAUCUUCUCGUGCGAAUGGGGUAAAGAUCGAAGAGAUCGUCCAGACGGUAACAUGCAUCGUAAAGUUGAGAGCUUUGUGAACAUGGCAGCUGAGAUAGGAGGGCGUGGCGGCAAGGGCGGUAUGGUGCAUGGUGUCAGAAGCCUAGGGAGUGCAACAAUGGACCUUGCCUACACAGCGAUGGGCGCCUUUGAUAUCUGGUGGGAAGGGGGUUGUUGGGAAUGGGACGUCGCCGCUGGCAUCUGCAUAUUGCAAGAAGCUGGGGGGCUAGUCACAGGCGCCAAUCCCCCGGAAAACCCGGCCACGGCUCCCAUAGAGGAGGCGAGGCUGGGGAGUCGGCUGUAUCUUGCCAUUCGCCCCGCAGGUCCAUCCCCUACUGAAUCCGGCCGCCAAGGACAGGAGCGGACGGUGCGAGAGGUCUGGCGCAGAGUCCGUGAUUUGGACUACUCACGGCCAGGCGCUUAG